UAGUGCUCCAGAAAAUUCCAAGAGUUGUGUUUUUUUUUUCCAAGGUUUUUCAUGGCCUCCUUAUCCUUUCCAAACCGACUUGGAAGCCAAGGCAAUAUGUCUCUAUUCUUCAUCCUCUAUCGUUAAGCCCCCUGCCCUUUUGAAACUUCAGUGCAACUCAUAACAUGAACUUCCUCUUCACACCCUUCCUCAACUGACUUGAAGAUUCUCAUACUUUUAUCUAACUCCUUCAUUACGUCACUUGGCAUAGAGGAGCUGGCCACACUAGCAAGGUGAUAUGACUGGAAACAUACCUGAGGUCCGAAGUAGACGUGUAGAGCAUCCAUGUUUGGCUCAAAAUGUAAAUGCUUCCGCUGAUUCUCCUAAAACUUCUUCAGAAGUCUUCCCAUCUGCUAUUGAGUUCUAUGUCUGGUCUGAUGAGGGAAUUAAUCUUUACGUGGAUUUAAAUUCUAGCCCUUUGGAUUGGACUGAAAGAUUAAAUAAUGAGGUUUACAUCUGUGAGAGCAUCUACAGAGACAAAUGUCUGCAACAAAACCUCUGUUGGUUUAAAGGUCAUAAAGAAUUUGCAAAAUCUUUUCAGUGGAAUAAUCAUGCUGGCCUAUUCAAGGGUGGCUAUUUACAGAAGGAAACUCCCUCCUGUUCGAACCUGAUGACAGAUAAUAGCAUGGAGGCUGGCCAGUUAGAUGAAGCUGAUGGAUCUGUAAUCUUCUCUCCUAUUACGUCUCAUGCCAUUAAUGCAGAUGCUUCUGAAAAUUUAGAUGAAAAUCAGACAAUCAUAUCUUCUGAAACUGAUUUUGAUAGGCAGAACCAGAAAAUUGCUGGGUCUGAAUCUUGUGCUGAAGAGGAUAAUCGUGCUACGAGUCUUGAUUUUGAGAUUGACAAUGAUUUACAGAAAAAGGAAAAUUCUGAUCCAAUUUCUGGUGGUCAAUCCAAUCUUUCCAUAUUAGCCCAUCAAAAUUUUACGCCUGAAAGUGAAAUGUGUGAAUCUUCAACACUGCAGAACAGCUACAGUGCUUUAAACCUCUCUAUGGAGAAUCCUGGAAGCUCAGCAGCUGGUUCUAUGGACAUUGAAUCACCAGAUAUUGAACAAUGCCCUAAAGAUGUCUCUUGUUCACCUUGUAGAGCAUUACCACAGGGGGACUCAAAUGUUUCUGAUUACAGCUUGCAAACAAGUGCAGAGAAGUCGGAGAGGAACAACUUAAGUGUUGCAACGGAGAGUUCAGAAUGCUCUCAAAUCCCUGAAUCUAUGGAGAAAAUGUUGCCCGUAUCUCAUUGUCUCGAAUCUAAUGGAGCACAUAAGAAGACGAAACUCACUAAAACUGAAACAAGAUGUUGUAGUCAACCUGAUAGAAGGGUUUUAAGAAGUGUAACGCAUAAACAGAGGCUACCUAGAAGAUCCAGGCGGCUCAUUUCAAAGACCGCGAGUUCGUAAAAUGCGUUGGGCAUGAUGGAACAUGGAAGGAUUUCUUCACAUCUUCUGUGGUCUGGGAAGAAUUACAUCAAUUUGUGUUGUGUUGACUGUUGCCACCUCGCGAAUCGACAUUUUUUUUCCUGGAAAUGUGCAAGAUUGUAUCCAGGUUUCUUCUUUAGUUGGAUGGGGUACGAACUCUUAUCAUUUAAAGGAAGAAUUCAAGUAUGUGUAAUGCUGAUGAGUUUCAUAUCUGAAGGAAUUCUUAUAAAGGAGAUUCUUUAGGGACACAAUUCUGAGAUCAUUAUAUGAUACACUUUAGAAUAAAAUUGACUUUUUAGUAUUGAGCA